AGGAGAGGAGGCGGUGCCGGUGGCUGCCGCCGAGGCUGUGCCGCAUCUGCCGCUUCCCCGCUCGCACCGCCGCCCGCCGGAGUCGCGCUAUGCACGGCUCGCCCUCCUCCGAGAUGGGCGAUGCGUCUGGGGUGGACAUCGUGGACAUCUUCGAGUCGCUGCGGGGCAGGCAGCGCCACGACAGCGAGAGGUCCUCCUGCGGCGCCCUGGAGCUCAACGACAUCGAGGCCGUGGAGGCCCUGGUCUGCAUGAGCUCCUGGGGACAAAGGUCCCAGCAGGGGGACAGCCUCAAGAUGAGGCCCCUGACCCCCUUCUCAGACUCUGGGGAUUGCGCAAUGCAGGCCGAGGCCGCGGCCGAGCUGCCGAGGGACUGCUUGGCCACGCUGUGCAUGACCCCUCCGCACAGCCCGGACCGCGGCGAGAGCCUGCCCGCCCCGGGGCUGCCGCUGCCCUGCUGCAGGACCGUGGCCCCGGACAGCGCUGCCCCUGCCCGCCCGCGGCCGGCCGCCGGCGCCAGGCCGGGCCCCGCCCGCGUCAUCCGGCACACCGGGCGCAGCGCUGCCUGCCGCCGGCCUGCUGCGGGCACGGAGCGGGCAGGGCCGAGCCCGGGGGCCGCCCCCGGGCCGCCCCAGCCCGCGCCCGCUGCGGGUGCCCCGGCUGGCGGCGCCUCUCCGCGGCACCGACCCUCUGCGGGCGACUCCGGCGACCCAGCGAGCGAGGCGGCGGCGCCCCCGGCCCGGCCCGCGUCCCCCGGGGGCUGUGACAGCGACUUGGCAAAGACAGCCCCCGCCGUGGCGCCCGGCGCCCAGCUGCUGUGCCAGAUGUUCCCUCUGCCGGGGCGCGGCGGCGUGCUCGGCGCCCUGCGGCCCCUGCUGCCGCCCAGCCCGCUGCUGGUGGCGCCCUCCGUGCCCCAGGGCACCGUCAUGCUGGUGCUCCCCUCGCCCCCCGCCCCCCAGCCCCGCUGCCCGCCGGCCCUCCUGACCGUGGGCGGCCCCAAGCUGCUGCCCCUGGCCCCCUCUCCUGUCCUGCUGGCCCCCGGGCACGGCUGCCCCCCGGCCCCGACGGACUUCUCCCGGCGCAGGAACUACCUCUGCAGCUUCCCCGGCUGCCAGAAGACCUACUUCAAGAGCUCGCACCUCAAGGCGCACCUGCGCACACACACCGGAGAGAAGCCGUUCAGCUGCAGCUGGGAGGGCUGCGGGAAGCGCUUCGCCCGCUCGGACGAGCUGUCCCGGCACCGCCGCACCCACACCGGCGAGAAGCGCUUCGGCUGCCCGCUGUGCCAGCGCCGCUUCAUGCGCAGCGACCACCUCAGCAAGCACGCCCGCCGGCACGGCACGGCACGGCGCGGGCCCGCCUGGACCGGCACGGCCCCCGCGCCGGCCCCCGCACAGCGUUAG